UACUGCCUGCAGCUGCCGGAAAACCGGUGCAGACUGCUGAGGAGCUCACAAUGGCGAGCCCAGCAGCUAGCGGUGUGCGUGGUGGCGACCUUUCUAUCCAAAUGUCUGUGGCGGCCGCGGACCCUGCCGGUGGCGAAUCGCAGCGGAGGGGGAGCGCUACCGGGAAGCCGGAGAAGAGCCUCAACUGCUUCGUGCGCGUUCUUGCCACCAUGGAGUUGGUGGGCAACGCUUUGGGAACGCUGGCUUCCCUGUGGGCGUCCUUCGUCUUGAUUGGUGGCUACCGCACUUCACUGGAAGGCGUUGACUUCUGGAUCGCCACGGUCAUGAUCUUCAUAGAAGCCUUCAGGGUGUUCACCCGCAACUUCAAGUUGGACAACCUGUCACUGUUCGGGAGCACGAAGGCACUGAGAGGGAUAAGUUCAUCUUUCGCUCGAAUGCUAUUUCGACCUCGGGAAGGGAACGAAUUGCUGCUGAUCAUCAGUUGGAUUGUCAAUGUCAUCUUUCAUCCUUUCGGGAUGUUGGGAGAAAUUGGGGCGUUAUGUCAGAUGGCGGGACUGGCUGUUAUGACCAGGACACAGAUUAUUACAGAGACACCCCGGCUGAUGAGACAGCUGCGCAAGAAAAGGCCGUUGCUGCUGUGGGGGGUCCUAAUUAUCCCAUCCGUUGUUGCCGCGAUUCUCCCCUUGGAUAUUCUUGGUGCCGUUACCGUAUUCAUUAUAUUCGUGGCAUUAGUGCUGCUCAACUUGAGGCUUAAAUGUAUUACCACCCUAGCAAAUCAUCGUUGGGGCCAAGUGAUACUGCCUUUGCUUAAACUGAUUUCAGUCUUAUCAUUGGCUUUUGGUUUGCUAGGGGCCGAGGAAUUUACUGCAGUGGUACUACUAUUUGGCAGCCUACAGGGUCCGGCGGUCGCGAAUGACCUAUUUGGCCGAAUAAUCAUUGACGUGACCAUGAACUUUCUCCUCCUUUGGACAUUGGUACUUCCAUCCCCACGCGACAGCGGCCUUCUUGAAGAUGUCAUUUUCCUUUCCGUGCUACUGAUUGGUAACUUCCAGAUCCCAGUAGCUGUCGCGCAAAUUGUGCUACCGUCUUUGCGCCUAGUCAGCUUGCACGGCAACGGCCCAAACAUGAAGGCAUCCGUGGCGGUCUUCUACGUGCUGGCGCUGCUUCAAGGGUCGCUCCAUUUUGUUGCCUGCAUUUUAGCGCUCUUCUCCUUCUUCCCCCGCAGAUCGCUUGUCCGUCGCUCAGAUUUCAGAGGCAAGUGGGCAGCAAAGGCUGUCGAUCUGUACUACGAGAGUGCCUACAUUACACGCAUGGAAGCCGGCGUGUUUGCAGAGGACACCAUCAGCCUUGCCAGCUUCGCACUCGAUUCCCUCACCUCUACUACCCCCAGCUCUACCUCCAGCUCACGUGAAAAGCAGCUUGCCGGGGUUCGUGUCCUUGACGGCCUUCUCCAACGAAGGGACUCCAACUCCAGGCAAGAAAUCAUCUCGGUGAUCACCAGAUCCGAGAAAGCAGUGCCCACUCUAAUCGGCAUGCUUGGGUGGACAUUUGAACAGGACAGAGAUAUCAGGUUAUUUGCCGCUAGAGUCACCAAGGAGCUCUCCGGCGACUUCAGAAUCGCCAGUAUUUCCGGCGCGGUGAAAUUGGUAUCAUCUCUCCUUGAUGCUGAGAAACAAUCAGCAUCUGUAGAUAAUGAGGGGGGCCGUGCCCGUGAUCAUGGUCCUGCAGGUCCACUAGGGCCUCAGGCUGAUGGUGACAAUCAUCAAAUCGGAGGCAGCACCGGAAAUAAUAAUGGAGAUAAUAAUGUUGCUAAUAACCAACCACAAGAUGAAGAAUCUUCAGGCAAUGGAGGGAAUGCAAGUAACCGCCGAUCUGUGCAUGAGCAAUCGGAACAUCGAGGAGGCAACCAUGGAGCGUGGUGCUGGUCUUGGGUAUGCCAGUGUUGUCUGCUGAUGAAAAAGAAGUGGUCCAUUCCAGAUGAACGACCCUUGACUUCGUCACUACCCAUACUAGGCUUGGAAAUACUUGAGAGCCUUGCUUGCGACGCUGAUGACUGUGCAGAAAUUAUCAAAGUCACGAACCUCGUCCCCAAGAUUGUAGGUCUCACAAGCUACAGUAGCAGCAACGAAAACAGCACUGAUAAUGCACUGAUGAGCUCUUCGCUGAAUUUGCUGAGGAGGCUUGCAACCACCAACGGGAAAGUUGGUGCGAGUCUCCGGCAAGAGCUGUGGGAGAGCCCUUUCUUACUUAGCAACCUCGCAUGUAUCUUGGAGGACAGCCGGAGCAGCCCCCAAGUAUGGAAGCCGGCGAUGGAUAUCAUAGCCAUUAUGUCCUGGGAUGAGGUCGCAAGGCAGGAGCUUGGGAGCGCCCAAGUCAUUAUUCACAAGUUAGUGCAUGUAUUCAUCGUUGGGCAGGAUGGGCCAACAAGCUAUGAUCGGUCAGUGCGAGUGGCUGCAGGGGAAGCACUGACCAAUCUUGCAAUGGAGAGCCCUGCGAACUGCUUGGCUAUAUUGGAGGAACGACGACCGGGAUAUGAACUUGCCAGGGAUCUCAAAGGCAUGCUUGGCAACGAUGAAUACAGAUGCGUUGCGGCGAGUCUCCUGCAGAAUUUGUGCGCGUGGUCUAGGAUCAGGGACAGGCUGCGCGGUCCAGGGGCAACCAAUCACCUCUCAUCUGCCUUGCCAGUGGUGCUAGAAAAUAUAAUGGGUGCAGAGGGAAAACAAUUGGAGGCCCUGAUCGGCCUCGCUUCAAAAAUCUGUUAUGUCCUUCCCCCUCAAUGCUUUAUCCAAGGGCUUGAGCCACGUAUCAUUGGAGAAACAUGCGUUAGAAAGCUGGUUGAUACACUCAACUCUAACAAGAGACCGAGUCAUGAGUACCCAAGGAUGAGAAGAGCUAUCGUUGAGAUGGUAAUAUCGGUUUUGGGACGCUACCCUCACUACGCCGUUAUCUUUAGAAGAGAAGGGAUGAUGGAUGCACUGUCCAAGGCAGAAACGAGCCCAUCCAGAGUGGAAAAGUACAGGGUAUUCUUGGGAAACGAAGGAGUGGUUUUGGAGCGUGGCUUGCCUCUGCGCGACCUAGUGACAAGAGCAAGAUGGUUAAUUGAUUCUGCAACUUCGGCUCUAGGUGCUCGACCAAACGACUGUACAUGAUUUUCCAUAUCCUUGAGCAGUGUCAGUCCACUGUCGCCAUAUUCCAGUGCUCGUUGGAGCCCAUAGCAAGGAAGCCCUCACAAGGACCAAGCUCCCGGUCGGGUCACUCCGUGGAUAGCCUUCCCCACGCGCAAGUGGAUCUCUGGUCGUGGAUAACCCCGAGUCUUCCCCACGGGCAAGUGGGUCUCUGCCUCUCUGGUGUGCCUCUCCCUGCUGUCUUCACUGUCCAGCUUCCGGCCGAAACGCCACGAGCCUUGUUCACUGUCAAGCAUGUGUGUUAUUGAUGGAUUUCCAAAAUUUGUUUGGCAUGCUGUACAAACUUCAGUUGGGCCUUGGGCGUGCGGUAACCCUAGUUUAGGAUUGUCAUUUUUAUUUUCAAAUUAGGGGGACUAAAGUGGAAUUAGGUGAAAAUUAACAACCGCGCCAGAAGGGAAAAAAAGAUCAGCAAACCAUCGCAAUA